AUGGUUGUUCAUAUUUCAAGAAAGUCUAGAGAUAUUAUAAGUAAUACAAUUUUGAAGAGAGAUACAAUGAAAGCCACGUCAAAUGCUGCUCUCGAAAACCACUUGGCUAAACUUAUACAAGACCAAAUGCUCCUAACCAGCUCGGAUGAACUACAAAAGAAAGAAACACUUGAUUCCCUUUCAAAGGACAUUAGAUCAAGCAUUUCUAAAUUCCUCUAUGGUGCUCUCCUAGAUCAAGUGUAUUUGUUUCAUGGAGUUUCCAAUAACUUACUUUUCAAACUAGAACUUGUACACUUUAAGAACGAGGUUGAAGAGAUUGUUGGCGAGGUUAUAAUCGGUGAUCCUUGUGGUGAGAUUAGCAUUUUAUGCAACAAGCCACAAGUCUUCACGGUUAGGACAAAACAAUUCAGUCAACUACUUAAAAUGAAUGGAACGAAAUUUCUCAAUAUAAUUCGGGCUGAUGACGGUGAUAAUGCAAUAAUCAAUAGCAAUCUUUUCAAGCAUUUAAAAAAGUUGAAUGGUCCGAACAUCGAGGGCAGACAACGACUUGACCCAAAUAAGCCAAAAAACAACCAUGAUAUGAUCUUCACCGCACAACCAUCAACUCGGGUAGCAGUCGAUGAUGAUGUACAAGACAUAUAUUGGAAGAAAAGAUACAUUAAAUUAAGGAAUCAAUUUAAAUAUAAUAAUAGAAACCGUGGUAUGUUUCCAGAUAGAGUCGCCAUGAUAUUUCCAGAAAUAAGAGGCGAGAGUGGCACGCGUAUAAAAGUUCCACAUACAUUUGAGGAGUUAUUUGAGAUAGCAUAUAGGACUUAUGGAGUUUAUCCUUCUAAAAUUCUAAGCCGAGACGGUGAUAUUGAAUUCAACUGCAUUGACGAAAUUAUGGAAGAUGAUAUUCUUUUACCAAAGCCCUUGUAUCAAAGGAUCUGGGCCUUAAUCAAAGCUGCAAAACCUGCAAUUUUGAUGGUCUUAAAGACCGAAAGGUCCAACCGAGAAAAUUCAUCCAAGAGUGAGAGGUUCAACCGAGAGGUCCGACCGAGGAAUUUGACAUCCGACCUAGAAUUUGAACCCAUGACCGAGGAGUCGAGCACCCGAUCGAGAACUCCCAAACCUGGGACUGUUGAUUUCUACACUCGACCAAGGGACUUCAGCACCCCGACUAAGGAUUUUCGAACCUCGACUGAGGGACUUCCAAGCUAG